AACAGUGUAACACGAUGUCAAAAUACAAUGACGGGUAGGCCAUCAUAAAUAAGAAUUUGUUCUUAAUUAACUGACUUGCCUAGUUAACUAAAUUCCAACAAAUGAUUGCCAGUAUGAGUUACGUUGUCUACUCUUGUAGCAAACCUUUAUUUUGAAAAUGUUGACAGCAUGGCUUUAAUGUCGAGUUCCUGUGUACACGUGUUCAUCACGGGUUAGUUAGACAAGUAUUUGUAUACAUUCUGUGGUGGUGGUUCAAGAUUAUUAGCUUUGAGUCCAGAUAAAUAGCUAACUCAAGCUCGGUUACUUUAGGGACACGUUUGCAGACAAUCGUCCGGUUUUCGCUAGCAUCUGUUAGCUACUUAUGAGAGCUAGCUAGCUGUAGCUAACAACAUUAGCUAGCUAACGUUAGCAACGUACAGUAGUGGGACUUGGAAGCCAGCUACCGAGUGCAACGUUUCCUCUAUUUUCGUGCUUUGUUUUUCAAAUGCGUUUUUUUAUAUAUACAAGAACAUAAACAACUGCACUGAAGACUGCAAUGUCGUCUGGAGGCCAUCAAUGUAACGUUAGGUGUUGUUCCCACCAACUUGCGUCCCCCAGUGCGCACCAAACAUUGGAUGAAAUGGACUUUGAAAGAGGUAUUUGGUCUGCUGCAAUGGAUGGAGACUUGGAGAGGGUCAAAUCACUUCUCAAGAAGGGUACAGACCCUAACCUAAGAGACUCAGCCAAUUACACUGCUCUGCACUAUGCCAGCCGCAGUGGGCAUAAGUCUGUAUGUAAGUUCCUUCUGGAGAGCGGGGCAUGUGCCAACCCUCAGACGCCAGGUGGGGCCACUCCUCUUCACCGAUCUGCCUACUGUGGACAGCUGGACGUGGUCCAGCUGUUGCUUCACCAUGGGGCAGAUCCCCAGCUAUGUGAUGGUGAUGGAUCCUCCCCUUUACAUAAGGCUGCAGAGCAGAGCCAUGAAGAUGUCUGCAGACUCCUUCUCCAGUGCUGUCCCUCCCUCCGGAGCCACACAAACAAGAAGUCCCAGGUACCUUACCAGCUAGCACCAGAUGGACAUCUGAAGGAGCUCCUGGAACCCCCACAAUAACACAGGGACACCCAGCUUAACCAAAGUCAACACAACACAUUACUUAUCAGGUUAACUAGAAGAUUAUCUGUGAGGCAGUCACUUGUGUUCUGCUGUUUUGUGUUUGUUUUCUUAAACCUAUUAAGGCUACCCCCCUACUUUUAAUAAUGACAUAUCAGGCAAUUUCCGGCCAAACGUUCCCCUAGCGGGAUGUAUGUCCUAGACAGGUUUAAGGUCCACACCUAAACUGGCUGGUAAGGGAUUGAUUUUAUCUGGUGUAGUUCUUUCUCAACCAGCAGGGGGAGCAAGUCUACCAGCAAUUGGUUUACUUUGUCAACUAGCUGUUUCUGCAUGUUCACACUCACAAAAUUCCAUGGCAUGCUGAUCCUGACAUCCUGGCCCUGAAUUUGCUAGGUCUGGAUGGCCCUUGGAUAACUGCAGUAGCACGCGCCUGUUUGUCUGUCCUAGCUGCUUUGAGCCAUAGAGCAAGUGCACGUCUGUGAAAAAGAUGUACUGAAAAACUGAUUACGUGGUAAAAAAUGAAUCUGGCAGUAGUUUGCUUCUUGUUCUACUGUUUUUUCAUAGAACGUGAAACUGAAGAGGCUUUCCAUAUGGUGGAAGGGCAUUCCAUAUGGUGUGAGACUGAAAUGUGUAUGAGUGUGUUGUGGGGAGGAAGUAAUUCUGCAGCUUAUGGAUUUUCCUUGGACAAAGGAAAUAGCGCCAGCCUCAACAAAAAUAGGAUUAAUCAAGCAAAUGAGUUAGCUUUAGUUUGACCACAUACAUUAUUUAUAUUAUGAAAAAUCUCGAUUUUUUUCUGAUCAGUUAUGAUGGAUAAGACUUGUAUAAUGUCUAAAUUAAUGGAUUUAUGUUUGUUUAUGGACAUGAGAGGGAAAAAUUCCAUCUUAUAUGUCUGGACUUGGCAGUAGCUACUUGGCCAACAUCCCUCUCUCUAGCAUUCAUUAAACUGAAUAAAACACUCGUUAUAUUAUUAAAAUCUUUAUUACACAUUUCACUGCACCUAU